AUGAGCCCACUUCCAACACGCCAACUACCGGCCCGACAAAGGAGGUCCGCGAUUGAUGAGGCGCUCGACCUGCUGGAAGGUGAAGGUAUAUCAUCGCCAGUAAGUUAUGGAAAAUAACGCUGUUAUAUCUUUCAGGAGCCGCAGGAGGACGCCAAUGAUUCUUUCGAGACCAUCUUCUUGGGUGACGACAUCCCGACAACACUGUCCAAAGUGAAUGGUCAGGACGACAUCCUGCUGCUAAUGUAUAAACACAUGCGGGCACAGUCAAUGAAGCUGGACAUUCUGAUGGAAACAUUCCGCAAACUACUCGGACGUCAGCGGCUGUUGGAAUCAAUGAUUCCACAGCAGGCUAAAACUUCGGGACCGGUAGCUUCGCAGCUGCGACGAACCCGCUUGACCAUCAAAUACUGUCGGGUGCCGAGUUUCGUAAUUUGA